AUGUAUUUUUUUGUUAUCUAUGAUGUUGAAUUUCCUGUACUUGUUAAAGAAAAAUUAACUCCAUUUGAUAGUGUUCUUGUUACUGGUUCAUGUGAACAAUUAGGUGAAUGGUUACCAAAUCGUUGUAUACCAUUAAAUCAUUCGGAUAAAACAGAUCAAGGGGAAACAUUUAAACAAGCACGUCAAUUAUCACUUAAUCAUUGCAUGAAUGAAUCCAAUGAUGGUACAUCAUCAAUUGUUAAUUCAACAACAGUUGAUUAUGAAUUACCUGAUGAAUUUCCAGCUAUAUUUGGUUGUUAUAAAGGUGUAUGUCGUACUGAUAUUGGUUGGUUAACAGGUCAAAGUGAAAUUCAACUUCGUUUUCAUUCAAAUGCUUUACAAAUUUGGUCAUCAAAAUUACGUAACAAUAAAAUAUCAUUCAAAGUUUCACUCAUAGAUUUAAAUUAUCAACAAGAAAAUCAAGAAAUAUCAUCUGAUUCAUCAGGUCAAAUAUUUACACCAACAUCAAAAGUCUUUAUUCAAGCUGCUUUAUUACGUUUAUCAGGUUGUGAAGCUAAUAUUCAAAGUGAUUAUGGUGCUGUUAUUGAAAAAGAUGAUUAUAUGAUUGUUAAAAUUCAAACAUUUGAACCAGAAAAUAUUGCAUAUCAUAUUGAUUUUUAUCUUGUUGAUGAAACAACACCAUUACGAAAACAUAUUGGUUUUUCAUGUUUUACCAAUACAUUCAAAUCUUGA